AUGGCAAAGCUUCUGAUUCGGGAAUGCUCAAGAGGAGACAUCUUUGUGGCAUCGGCGGCACCGCUGCAGCCGCUGUUUCCAGCUUUGGUGCUGCCGGCAAGAGAGGGUCAGCUGGAGAUCGGCCUGGAUGUAAUUCAGACGGUCCAGCAGACCGGUGCCGGGCGUUUCUUCGUGAUGGGUCCGUUGGGCAACAAGAUUCUGCAUGUGACUGCCUGCGGGAGCGCCUUCGACGUGCACAUGGCACAGCGGAGCAGCGAGCUGGUGAGCAAGGUCUCCUUGAAGGUUCAGGAUGAUACCACGAGGAUCGACAUUUGCAGAGGCGACGGAAGCAUUUAUGGAAAGAUUCUUGAGCAUGAGCAGCCGCAGAGAGCCCUCGAUGAGGUGUCUUUCUCUGUGGUUGUCACCAGCUCAUCUGGAAAGGCUGAGCGAGCGAUGCUCGUAGUCCAGGGAGAUCCGGAGAGCUUCCGCCUGGCUGCGAAAGCAGCAACCGACGGGCAGCCAGUCGCGUCCAUCGAGCUGCAAGCGUACGGAGAGGAGCACUACUUGGAUCUCAGGUUGCGAGGGGGCAAGAAGCUCUUCUAUGGGCAACAAGGCGGCUUCCAACACAAGUCGAGCAAACUGCAUCAUGACGAAGUCAUUCUGGCCGUCACGCAGCAGGAGCGCGACUCGUUUGUUGGAAACAGCCUUGUCUUCUACACGUCUGAGUGUCAGAUUAUUGCGUUUCAGGGCCACGAUGCUUCAAGCAGAACGCGGCUCAUUGCGCCGAUUGGAAGCCAAAUCACUGGCUUGCAAUUUGAGGGGAGCCAUCUGACUGGCAUUUAUUUGGAGCGCGUUCCGCUUGAUGGCAGUCCAAUGUCCAUUGCUAGGAUCAGCGGGCAUGUAGGCUCCGCUGUGGACAAAGUAGUGCUUCAGCUCAGAGAUGGCUCUACGCGCCGGUAUGGUUUUGAGGGAGGCUACCCAGUCGGGCCUUGGAGGCUAGACACUGACGAGUAUGUGCUCCUGGUUGAGCAAGAUCGUCGCGAUGCCUAUUUGGGCAACUCGCUUGCCUUUCUCACAUCCAAAGGCAACAUCAUUGAGUUCCGAGGAAUGCAGGCAUCACGCUCUCGGAGAUUUGUAGCGCCUCCUGCUAGACAAAUCUGUGGUUUGGGCUUCACUGGCAGCUGGUUGACUCGGGUCACCACCUGCCCACUUGAAGCACAUGAAAACCUUGAAGCGGGAGAGCAGGAUUUACAGGAGCAUCUUCUACACCCAGAUUAG